AUGAAGUCGCAGGAGAGCAAGGCUCUUUGGGUCACUCAGACGGAAAAACCUAUACACUAUACAUAUUUGAAGGAAUUCCGCGUGGAGCAAUGUAGCCUCUUCCUGCAACACAAGUGCACGCAACAUCGGCCAUAUACGUGUUUUCACUGGCACUUCCUCAACCAGCGACGGCGGCGACCUAUACGCAAGCGGGAUGGCACCUUCAAUUAUUCCCCGGACGCGUAUUGCAACAAAUUCGACGAAAAUACAGGCAUUUGCCCUGACGGCGACGAGUGCCCUUAUUUACACAGGACAGCAGGGGAUACAGAAAGAAGAUAUCACCUAAGAUAUUACAAGACUGGGAUGUGUGUUCAUGACACUGACACGCGUGGGAUGUGUGUUAAAAAUGGCCCCCACUGUGCUUUUGCUCAUGGAGUGGAAGAUGUUAGACCGCCCGUGUAUGACAUCCGAGAGCUGCAGGUGUUAGAGAUGAUGGACCAGGAGGGGGUUAAUGGUACUGGCCCAAACAAUUUAGACAAGGAGAGAAAUAUGGUCAAUGAUGAUCCAAAAUGGCAAGAUACUAGUUAUGUUUUAGCAAAUUAUAAGACGGAACAGUGCAAACGACCGCCAAGAUUAUGUAGACAAGGUUAUGCAUGUCCUCAGUAUCACAAUUCUAGAGAUAGAAGAAGAUCACCUAAGAAGUAUAAAUAUAGAUCAACAGCAUGCCCAAAUGUGAAGCACGGGGAUGAGUGGGGGGAGCCUAGCAAUUGCGAGAAUGGUGAUGCAUGCCAGUACUGCCACACCCGCACUGAGCAGCAGUUCCACCCUGAGAUUUACAAGUCCACCAAGUGCAACGACAUCCAGCAGAAUGGCUAUUGUCCCCGGGGAGCUUUCUGUGCCUUCGCUCACCUCGACCAGGAGAUGAUCCAAGUCAGAGAAACAGCAGCGAGUGAGAACUGCACGGGCACGAGCCUUGCUGACAUUCUCCAGUCUGCACUGCCAGCUGACAAUGUAAGUCUGCCUCCUGCCUCUUCCUGCAGUGUCAGCAGCUCCACUCCAACCUCUAGUAACUCGGAAUGUAAUAACAAACACAAUCAUGGCUUCCAUAUCUUUCCGCAGGGUACAAGUUCAGGUAAUAAUCAAGACUCGGUGUUUGGCAAUGGUCCAAGUCAUUCCCAGACUCCCCUGGCCCCCAUAGGCAGCAAGCCCCGUCACUACAGUGGAAACACUUUAUUGGGCGGGCAGAAUGACCCCCUAGGCUUGAAUUUAGGCAGUAUUGGCGUGGGCAGUUUAGGAUCUUACCACAAAGCCCCAGGCUCAGAGCGUGAAGACCGGGAAGCCAACUUCAAGAAGCAAUUAGCAGCCAUCGACAGUGACCCAACUUUAGACCCUUUAGAAAAGAAUAAGCGUAAACAAAGCUUAUUCCUGUCAAACAUGGUACCCAGUCACCCUCCUGUGGCCAGCUUACCCGUCACUUUGCCUGUCACGUUACCAGUCUCCAUGCCUGUCACACCCUCCUCCUCCUUCGUCUCGUCACUGCCUUCUAGUUUGUCAUCAACUGUGUCUCCUCUGGCACCGCCAUUCUACCCAACCAGUGAUACGGUAGAAUCUGUUGUAGGAAGUGCAUUAGAAGAUUUGAAUUUAGAUGAACCAUUGAACAUCGCAGCAUCCUUAGAUAGAGAAUUAGAAGUUGAAUCUAAUUCUAUAAGUAAUUCUAUAUCAACGGGUUUAGCUAAUUCAGGUUUACUUGGCUCAAGUGCCCCAGUUAACAUCCCCGGGUCCAGUUUCCAGCAGGACCGCUCAGGUGGUCUCAUCAGCAACCCAUCUCCCUCUUCAACAUCCUCCCCAGCCUUUCCACACUCCUUCCUGCAGUCGUCACUGCAUAGGGAGAACUCACUUGAUCACGGUGUGGCCGCAUUAUUGGGUGUGAACGGAGUAGGCAAGAUCUCUGGGACAGGGUUCCCAUCUACGAGCGGGGGUGGUGGGGGUGGCCUCUUUGACCUUGGCACCAACAUGUCCCCACACACACGUAACCCCCUUAGCAACCCCUUGUCACAGUCGCCACUCAUGGCGCCCUUCUCUGGCAGUAGUAGCUCUUCCACCUCAGAGAUUCAGCGGUUACGGGAAGAGCUGGCUACUAAUAGGGCAAAGUUGGCAUCUUGGGAAGAAGGCAUUGCACAAGCGCGGACUGCAUGUGAAGCGUGGAGAAGAGAAGCCGACGAUGCUAAUAGGAAAUUCAAAUUAUCUGAACAAACCAAAGAAGAGUUUGCAGUAAAGAUAGCAGCUCAGCAGAAGGAAAUGGAGGAGCUAAAGACCGGGGGAUUAGGCCCAUAUGUGCAGGCUCUUCACCCGCACAGCGACCUCGAGAACCUGCCUCUCCAUACCCUCAAGGCUCUGCAGUCACAGCUGCGCCAAGAUUUAGAAUCUGUAGAAAAGGUAAUAAACAAUUAUGGCCUCAAGACAGAACAGUGGCCAGGCGUGGUGUCUACAUGGUAAGGAGAAGCAGUUUAGAAACCAAGUCAAGAUGGCAGGCCUUUUGACAGCAAAAAAGUUAUUAAUAAGGACAAUAGAAA